AUGAACUCCACCAGGGUAGGAUAUAACUUUCCAGAGAGGUUAGAGAAGCUACUAAAUCAGAACGAAACAGCAGCGUAUUGUCAAGAUAGCACGCGAAACCCAAACGGGAUAUGUAGGUUAAAAACAAGGAAAACCCCCCCAGAACCAGUGGAUAAAUGGAUCUAUGAUAACAGCGGAAAGUGGGACCAAAUCCAGAACAAAAGAACUCUCUAUCUGUUGAGUGCACUAAUUUGUAGAGAUCUGGAAGUCUGGAUUAAUAGUCUCCACAGAACCAGAAGAGGGAACCGAGAUAUCAAUCUGAGUGGAUAUUCAUAUACACAAUACAAAAAAGCAUUUACCAAGAGUCCUUCAACCAGUGAAUAUGAUGGCGAUGUGUCUCUAUUGCAGUGGACGAGGUUUGGAACGGGAGGAAUCUAUUCCACCAGAACAAGAAAGAAUGCGUCGUUUAUGAUCUGUUUGGAUAUAAUAAGAAUAAUAUUGAUGACGUUAGCCAGCAUCGCAUGGACAGAGGCCGAAAAAGCGAAGCAACAGGGAACAAUCGAUAUCUGUAAGAAAAUAUCAGAAGAAUUUAAGGAGUGGGGAGGAGAAAAAGUCACAAAGAAGAUAAUGACGACAUGGUUUCGGGUCGAAGGAGAAGAAAAAAGAAAAACGAGGGGCCUAAGGGUCCCGGAGGGAUCAUUAUAUGAAGCAAUUACGAGGGGUAUCAAUGACACAGGGCAGGAGAGGGAUCGAGUACUAUGCCGAGUCAAACAGGAGGGGAAAGGAAGAAGAAGCCAAGGAGUAGAAUACGAGGAAGCGGGCGUCGGAGGGCGAUCUAGGGAAAGAAGAGAAGCCCCCGCGGCAACCGGGACCAUCCCAAAGGAGUUAUUAGGGAAGCUGAAGAAACUAGCGACCGAGGACCUCAGGGAUGAGGAGGCCGGAUUGGUAAGUCCGGAGCAGGGAGGAGAGGAUCGGAACCCACGAACAGCGAUGAGAAUAGAAAGACAGCAGUUAAGGGAAGGGUCUUCAUUACGACCGCUGAGAUCUCAUCUCCCGCAGAUUCGAAGGUGCAGGACCAUCGGGAUCGAUGUCGGAUCUGAGGAGGACAGAAGGGUAUUAAGCGGCGUAUUAGGCGUGUUCUUAGCGGCAGGGGUGAUCUAUGGAGUAUAUCGAGCAACCCGAGGAAAGAAAGCAACCACGCGGCAACCGGGUAAGGGAAGGAACACCACAGGAACGAGACAGGGACAAACCCCGGAGCAAGGGGAGCCAGAAAAGAGACGGAAUAGCCAAGAAACUCACAGGUUGGGAUUCUAUCGUGUACGUUUAAGUUCAAUUCGUGCGUAG